CCUUUAUCCCUCUGUCUGCACUGCACUGCACUGAACUACACAUUCUAUCUUCCUUUUGAGGCUGCGUGUUUGUGUAUCUGUCGUGCCUACAACUGGCACUGCCGUACAUAACUUCUUGUCCUUUUUUUUGCCUUUGUUCUUUGUAUAUACCCUUGGAACUCUUGUUUGCUUGCGAGAUUCACCAAACGCACUCCCCGAGUUUCUAAUUUUGGUGUUUGAUUCGGUCCACUCAACGCUCACACGACCAAACCACACCUUCGAUAGUUACCCACUGAGGUACACAUUUCCUCCCUCUCUCACUCCUUGCUGGACAAGGACCGACUCCGAAUCCGAAUCCGGCAAGCAAGUCGACAUAUUUUUGGGUGCAACUUUGUUCUGCCGUACAAAUGCACUCCCCUUGACGAAACAGAGAACCAUGAUCGUUCGAAGCACCGUCAGACAAUGCCUGACGACGGUCCUCCUCCUCCUCCUUUUUCUACCCUCCUUCGUCCUCUGCGACGCCGACUUCAUCGAUGUACGAACGAACCUGGACCGGGACCGGAGUGGGAAGAGAGGUGACCCAAAGGACAAGUACUUCCACGAGUCGACCUUCCACCCUCACUACGACGGCCGUUUCGCGGCGAAAGAGAUUGGCAAGGAAGAGCGGCUGCCGCACCUGACGGCACUCAUGCAGACCUUCUUGGCCACCAUGGCCGACAUUGGCGCCGAAACUUGGAUCAUGCACGGCACGCUGCUGGGUUGGUGGUGGAACCAAAAGAUCCUACCCUGGGACUCGGACAUCGACGUCCAGGUGUCGGAGCACACGAUCGCAUUCCUGGCCCGGUACUACAACAUGACCGAGUACCACUUCCGACUGCCGGGGGUCGAGAACGGCAGGAACUACCUGUUGGAGGUCAACCCGCACUUCACCAUUCGAGGGGUCGAAGACAGCCUGAACGUUAUCGACGCACGUUGGAUCGACACCGAGACCGGUUUGUUCAUCGACAUCUCGACCGUGAGGGCCAACUACACGGCGAGGGCGGAAGGCGUGGAGGGUGCCUUGAUGUGCAAGGACAGACAUCAUUAUCUGGAGCGAGACAUAUUUCCACUUCGCGACAGCUUCUUCGAGGGCAUUCACGUCAAGAUACCCUUCGAGUAUGCUUAUCUCUUGGAGGAGGAAUACGGCGAGAAAUCUCUGACAUUGACCGUGUAUGAACAUCACCAAUUCAACCAUACGAGCAAGUUGUGGGAGCCUCUUCCCCCCAGCAACCGGAGGCCCUCGAGGAAACGACCGCCCAUGAGAAGACCACCAUUGCCAAAGAAGCCAUUGAACGACAUCAUAUGAGCCCAUCGAAACCCACCCUGUGUAUUCAGAGUUCGUUUGCAUAGCGAAACGGCGUCGGAUCUUUUUUCUCCUUCUGGGUGUCUCAAUUUCGGCGUACGAGCGUUCAAAACCAUUGUAUUUAAACAGGCUCCUUUCUUCUCCUGAUCUUCCCUUUGUAGAAAGGCAAAAAAGAGAUGGAGGAAGGAAAAGAUAAAAACAAGAAAUAAACAUAAAAUAAAGACGAGAACACCUACUCCGUAAGCGGUCCUGCAUGUUUGAACCACAUCAGGAUCCACGUGUAUACACUCUGUGGGUAU